AAAAAUAAGUACUUAAUCUAAAACUUUUUUUCAAAAAAAUUGUUUUUCUCUUCUUAACCUAUUUUACUAAGUAAUCUAUGAAACCAUUUUCCGACAAGGCCUUUUAUAUUCUCCAGCUAAAUACACUUAUUAAUAUUAAUUUUUGUUAGUUCAGGUAAAUUAAGUUAUUGAUUUUCGUCAUUUUACUUUUUGUUUAGCUGUCUCUCUCUGUAACAUUUUGGUCUAUCUUCUCUCUACCGCAGUGCACGUUUUUAAUAAGCCAAAUUUUUUUUCUUUACAGAUGUCAGCACACCACUCUCACCUACACAGUGCUUCCUCUCUAAGAAAUGACAGAUUAUGUAUCUUUUUUUCUCUUGUUAGUAACUGAUAGAAAAAUUGAGACACAGCUAAAAUAUCUUAGAGAGGGAAUAAGCACGGCAUCUAUACCUAUAUACAAAAUAAGUUCACACACGUAACUGCUUGAAUGUGUAACUUGGAGCAGUGAGUAAGCGUACAUUAGGUGUUUAACAUUAAGAGCGUAUAUAAUUAAUUAAACGACGCAAAUUCAUGUACACCAUACCCACGUGUGAAUCAUAAAAUCAGUUUAUAGUAAAAAUACAAUAACAAAGUAAAAAUAUAUUAAUUUUCUUUUUGCAAAGUAACUUUACUUAAAUUAUUAAAUUUCCAAAGCAAAUUAUGUAGAAGUAAACAUAAAUUAGUUUAGUACUGUGCUAUCAUUAUAGCAGACAAUCACAUUUGUAUGAGUUGUUAUUGUUUUGAUUUUAAAUACAUCACAUAUAAAGUUACAGAAAUUAAAUUAAACGGUACAAAAAUGAUGUCAUCAAAAGAUCCCAAAUGGCGUAUGCUGGUCAGCGCCGUACAUAAAGGAAAUAUCAGACGGGUCAAGGACUUAAUAGAAUCUUAUGGUCUCAACAAUAUUCCAACUUGCUGUGACGGCUAUAUAUUGCUCCGAGAUUCUUUGCAGUACAAUCAUCCUGAAGUUGCUAAGCUGCUUUUAGAAAAGGAGGCAAAAGUUGAAAGCAAAAGCAAAAAACUAUCAAAUACUCCGCUCCACUUUGCUGUUAUCAAUGGUGAUUUAGAAGUUGUGAACUUGCUAUUGGAUAAAGGAGCAUGUAUUGUUGCUAAAAAUGGAGAUGGCAGGGCUCCACUUCAUCAUGCUGUUGAAAAACAAGACAUACCGAUGAUUAAAUUGCUGCUUGAACGUAAGGCAUUCAUCAAUACCAGAGAUGACUUUGGUUUGAGUCCGCUUUGCAUAGCAGCUGAAAAAGGAAAUUACGAAAUUGUUGAUCUCUUGUUAACAAAUGGAGCUUUUCCAAACUUUUUGCACAACAUUCAAUACGGAGAAGUUGACACACCCCUGCAUCUUGCUGUUGAUAGUGGUAGAAAAGACAUUGCUGAGUUACUUGUUUCAAGAGGAGCUAAAACAGACGUAAGAGAAACAAAUGGAUGGACACCUCUUCAUAUUGCAGUUCAAAAAAAUAAUGAAGAAAUUGCCGAAAUCUUAUUGACUUACGGUGCUGAUCCCAAUGUUGACUGUAACUCGGCAGAUUACGGCGGGUACACACCAUUACAUUUUGCUUGUGACUUGGGCAACGAAGGGAUGAUUCAAGUUCUACUCAAUGACAGUCGUACAAAUGUAAAUGCUCUGACAAAAAAAAAUCAAUCAGCGCUCGAUUUUGCUAUAAGUAAAGGAUUCCAAAACAUUAUUAUAAAACUGCUUGACCGUGGAUCUAAUAUUUUCAUCCAAGGUAGUGUAAGAAAGACAAUUCUUGACUUGGCGGUUGAAAAAGGGUGGGAAAAAAUUGUUGAUCACAUCAUAAAGCACUGUGUUGACUGCAAUAAUGGCAGUUCAAUUUAUUCAACUGCCGAUGAGAAUUCUGAUGCAAAAUUAAAGAAAAAAUUAAAAAUAAAACUUGGCUACACAUUUAAGGAGAUUCUUGACCGAAUGGUAUUUCACUUGAUUUAUAUUGCAGCAGAUAAAAAUUAUUGGUCAAUGUGUGACAACUUUCUCAAGUAUACUAUUGCAAUAAACAAAAUAAGCAAUUUAGUCACUAGCCACGGGUUCACUUUAUUGCACAAAUCUGUUAUAAAUAAACAGGAAAAAAUCGUUGAGCGGUUGAUAAAAUACGGUGCUAAUGUUCAGGGUAAAGAUGAACAUGGAAAAUCACCAUUAUCAAUUGCUAUUGAUAAUGACAGUGGACAGCUGACGGCAUUAUUGCUUGUACAUUUACAACUUGACGUUGCAUUUAAUACAGAGGUGCUAAACGAAGCGGUCAGAAAAGGAUCUAUAAAUGUUAUUAAAACACUGAUCGAACAGCAUGAUGCAAAUGUUGAUGCAAAUGAUGUUUAUGGACGAACGGCAUUACAUUAUACUGUUAUAAAUGAAAAUGGAGGGUGUACAGAUCCAAGUCCAGAAGAUGAUGAAAAAAAAGCAGAAAUAGCGGCAUUAAUUUUGUAUCAUGGCGCAGAUGUCAAUGCAAAAACACCGGAAGGUGAAACAACUUUACAUUUUGCUGCAUUGAAAGGAUACUCCAAAGUUCUUAACGUCUUACUACAAAAUCACGCAGACAAAAAUUGCACUGAGGAAAGUAACUUUACUCCCCUGCACACGGCUACUGAAAAUGGACAUGCAGAUAUUGUGGAGAUUUUAUCAAGAUCAGGCGCUGACUUAGAUGUCCAGGAUGUUGAUGGCCGUACUGCUUUACACAUCGCAGUUGAUGAAGGUUAUAAGGAAAUUGUUCAGAUUUUGCUAAAGUACGGUGCGUUUGUCAAUAUUUUAAAUAAUUUAAAUGAAACUCCCCUGCAAUGCGCUGAAAAACGUAUUCAUGUUAAUAAUGGCGUGAACGUUCAUGGAGAGAUCGCGGAUCUUUUGAGAGAGCGUGUAAAAAUUAAAACAGAAGUUGAAUCAGAUGUCGAAAGCGAUGUCGCGACUGAUGUCGAAGAUAACGAACACCCGAGUACUAAAAUGGAAUACGUUAAUUUGAGGAUCAUGACAACAAACUCGGCGUGGCUUCAGUUGUCAUCAGCUGUGCAAUUGGGCAAUUUAUCAAAAGUCAGAACUUUACUUCGAGAAGAAGAUGAUUUAGCGGACUUAAGUGUUUGGGCAGACGGCUAUACAUUGCUGCGAGAUGCAAUAGAAGAUUCUCAAUUAGAAAUAGUCGAGCAUCUAUUAGAGAACAAUAUUUCAGUGAAUCGUAAAAGCAAGAAUUCGACAGAUACACCCCUUCACUUAGCAAUUCAUAUUGGAGGCAUUGAUUUGAUAACUUUACUUCUAGAUAAGGGUGCAAAAGUAACUGCAAAAGGUAAAUGUAAAAAAACACCACUUCACGUUGCCUUUGAGUAUUCUAAAAUAGAAAUAAUUGAGUUAUUAAUCGCGAAAAGAGGCGAUUUAAAUGCGAAAGAUCAAGACGGGUUGACUCCGAUGUGCUUGGCUGUAAAAAAAGGAAGAUUAGAAAUUGUUGAUUAUUUUUUAAAUCACGAAAAGUAUCAAGGUCAGUUAAAAUCUUUUGCAACAGAAGAAAUUGCGGGAGUGGAUACGCCAUUGCACUUAGCUGCUGCUAGUGGCAAUAAAGACCUUGUUAUCUAUUUUAUAAAAGCAGGAGCUCGAAUCAAUGUUCAAGGGAUUAAUUUACAAACACCUCUUCAUAUUGCAAUACAAAAGAAUCAUGAAAGUGUGGUUGAAUGUCUUUUAGAUCAUGGUGCUGAUUUGCAGUUAGGCUGUAUUUAUUGCGAUGAAAAUAAUUGCACAGCUUUGCAUAUAGCAGCAGAUCUUAACAAUGAAAAAAUAGCAAAUUUACUUUUAAAUAAAGGAGCAAGUAUUCACGCUUUGAGUAUAAAAGGACUUACUCCGCUUCAUAUUGCUGCUUGUCGAAAUAACGUAGAGUGCAUUAAAAUACUCUUAAACAAUCAAGAGUUUGAUGAUGUUAAUUAUUUGAAUAUUCCAUCGACUGAUGAGGGAAACACCGCUCUACAUUUUGCUACUAUGUUUGGCUGUUAUGAUGUCAUGAAGUUGUUAUUGGAAAUGAAAGCUGAUAUAAAUAUUUAUUCUUUUGAAAAAAUGUUGCCUAUCCACAUAGCAGUCACAAAAGGCAAUGAAAAAAUUGUCGAACUACUCUUGAACUAUGGUUCUGAUCCUGAUACAUUAUUUGAUAAUAAUAAAACUCUUUUAUCACAAGCAGUAGAGUUUGGAGAUUUUAAAGUUGUCGAGCAAAUUCUUAAAUUUCAUCCCGAUAUUACUAAUGAAGAGAACAUAAUUUCUUUAAAAAAUGCAGUUCAGUCUUUCAAUGAAGAAUCUCAAAUGAUUGUUGAAGCUCUUCUCGACUAUGGAUUCAAAAUUGAUGUUAAUGACCCUGAUAAAUUUGAACUAGUACGGAUAUCAGUUGAAAAAGGAUUGACAAGGAUUGUCAAUGAUUUCCUUCAAGCUGGUUUUGAUGUGAAUCAAGUUGAUAGUUCGUCAUUAUUAUACCAAAGCUGUACAUUUUUGCAUAUCGCUGUCAGAAAUAAACAAUGUGAAAUGAUAAAAUUACUGUUGAAUAACAAUGCCAUUACUGACAUUGAGGAUUCAUUUGGGUACACUCCAAUGUCCUACGCUAUCGAAAGUGGUGAAUUGGAUAUCAUUAAAGUAAUGUUAGAACAUAUAACUCUUAAUUAUGAAUCAAAGCGGGAAUUGUUAUUCAGUGUGGUAAAAAAAUCAAAUAUUCAAAUCAUUGAAUUAAUUCUACAGUUUGUCAUUGAUGUCAAUAUUGCUGAUCAAAAUGGUCGAACUGCUCUGCAUGUUAUUGAUUUAAUGCACUCUGGAUCAGAUAAAUCAUUAGAUGAUCGUUUGUCUAGAAGAGAGAUAGUAAAUUUUCUUAUUAGCAAGGGCGGCAAUGUUAAUGCCAGGACAAAAAAAAAUGAUACAGUUUUGGAUUAUGCUAUCUUGUAUCAAAAUCCAUAUGUUCUUGAAGAGCUUUUAAUGCAAAAUGCAAACACUAACUAUCUAAAUUAUUAUGGUGAUACUCCACUGGGAUUGGCAGCGAUAAAAGGAAAUAGUAAAAUUGUUGAGUUACUGAUUCAUCAUAAUGUUGAUGUCAAUGCGCCGAAUUAUAAAGGUAUCACUCCAUUAUUUUAUGCAGUCGAAAAUAAUAAUGAAGAAGCAAUAAAGUGUCUGCUUGAUAACGGCGCUUGUAUUAAUUGGAAGUAUCAAUUUAACGGCGAAACAGUACUUCAUAUGGCUGUUGUUAAUAAAAAACCAAGUAUUGUAGCAUUACUUUUAAAGUACGGUGCUGACAUCAACAUAACUAAUUUUCGCAAACAGACGCCGCUCUCUUACGCUAUUCAAUUUCCUUGUGAUGUCAAUAACAUUGUGAAAAUCAUUUAUAUUUUCAGAGAACAUAUGAUUAAAUUAAAAUGUGCUAAUUUAUAUGUUAAUGAAAUUGAUUUUAAAUUUAUUAUAUCAAUGCAAAUAGAUAAUUUUUCUACUUGUUGUAUGAAUGAAAUCGAUAGACUGAAGGAAACUAAAAUCGUUGACACCCGUAACUUCUUUUACAAUGAUAUUCUUGCUAUGAACACUCAAAAAUUAUCAGUUUAUUUACAAGAUAACAGCAUUGUAGAGAAUUUCCGAAAAAAUGAAAGCGAAUAUCAAUAUCCUAUUUAUCAUGAUUUAUUAAAAAAACGAUUUAACGACGGAAUGGAACGAAAAGAAAUUCUAUUAGAUAUCGAUAAGUAUCUUACGAGGAUAUUUCCUGAUUUGCCGUAUAAUUGUGUUACUGAAGUAUUUUAUUAUUUGUUUAAUGAUACUUUGAGACAAUUAAUCAGUGCGAAUAGUUUUAAAAAUUGAUCCUAAUUCCGGUAAUUAGAGAUUGAU